AUGGAGGCUAUGAAGCUCUUGAAGAAGAGUAUGAUGGUACGCAACAUGUUUUUAUAUAUCAUGUUGAAACAGAAUCUUCAUCAGACACUGAAGAAUACGAAUCAACAACGGAUGACUCAGACUAGUCCCAUACAUACCUCGCUUUUCAGGGAGGAGGAGAUUAACCAUUUUUGCGUAAACCUCCAGAGGAUUGAUGAUUCCCUUAUCAUGAAUCUUACUAAUCCAAACUCUAUUUAUGUUUCUGCCUUCCUUAACUUUAAAGGAUAUAAAAAAUUUAGAGUACAUUGUUUUGUAGACACAGGUGCAUCUUUAUGUCUUGCAAGCAAAUUCAUCAUUCCGGAUGAACUCUGGGAAAACGCUCCCAAAGAAAUUAGUGCCACUAUUGCAAAUGGUGAAACCAUAAAAAUUAAUAAAGUUUGUAGAAAUAUUAAUCUCGAACUUUCAGGAGAACAUUUCAAUGUUCCCACUAUUUACCAACAAAAUUCAGGAAUUGAUAUCAUAAUUGGUAACAACUUCUGUCAAGUCUAUGGACCAUUCAUACAAUGGAUAGAUAGAAUUGCCUUUCAUCUUAAUAAUGAUAUGGUAAUUAUAAAAAAGGUUACAGAGGCCUAUAGCAAAGGAAAACCAGGUUUUCUUGAAACUCAAGAAAAAGGAUCUAAAGAAAAACAAAUUCCAGGUACUAAUAUAACUCAUGAAGAGAUUAAUAAAGAAAGGAUUAUUUCUAUUCAAACUACCAGGUUCAAACAGAUUGAAGAUCUUCUUGAAAAAGUUUGUUCUGAAAAUCCUAUUGAUCCAAAUAAAACCAAAGGAUGGAUGAAAGCUUCAAUCAAGCUUAUUGAUCCCAAAACGGUUAUUAGAGAAAAACCUAUGGUUUACUCUCUACAAGAUAGAGAAGAAUUUUCCAAACAAAUCAAAGAAUUACUUGAUAUGAGACUAAUUAUAGAAUCAAAAUCCCCUCAUAUGUCCCCUGCCUUUCUUGUCAAUAAAGAAGCAGAGAAAAGAAGAGGAAAGAAGCGAAUGGUUGUUAACUACAAAGCAAUCAAUGAUGCAACUAUUGGAGACUCACAUAAUCUCCCCAAUAUGCACGAACUCUUGACUCUUCUACGAGGAAAAAACAUUUAUUCAAGUUUCGACUGCAAGUCAGGUUUCUGGCAAGUUCUACUUGAUGAAGAAUCGCAGCUUCUCACUGCCUUCACAUGUCCUGAUGGACUCUUUCAAUGGAAAGUACUACCCUUUGGGCUUAAACAAGCUCCUAGUAUUUUUCAAAGACACAUGCAGAAUGCUCUUCGAGGCCUUGAAGGUUUCUGCACUGUAUACGUUGAUGACAUCAUGAUCUUCAGCAAAAAUGAACAAGAACACUAUGUUCAUGUCACACAGGAUUAG